UAAACAUCACUGUAUGUCAUUUGUCAAUUUUAAAUUAAGAAAAUAGAUAAUAUGUACCAAACGUUAGGUUUGAAAAAUACUCUAGUUCAACUUCAAACCAUAAUUGAAAUAAUAUAUAAAUACAAGUGAAUUUCAUUCUCAUUAUAGAUCUAUAGUCUUCAAACUUGAUUGAAGAAAAUGUCUGUUUUUGUGGACGUUGAAAUUAUAUUGAGAGAAUAUAGCAACAAUAUUUCAAAAAAAGCCAUCAUCGCCGUUGUUCAUAGAUAUUUGCAAAAGAUCAUAGUUCGCCCCAAUAGUGUUAUUAACAAUUUUGAAAAUUCUGUUCUACACAAAGAUGUUAAAACAAUAAUUGUUGGUGAUAUUCCCACAUAUAAUAAUUCCUUUGUUGAUUUUGGUAGUGUUGAAGUGAACUGGUUUGUAUACAACUUAGAUGAUUAUGGGCCUAUUAUGCAAUGUGAGAGUGAUGGAGAUGAAGGAGAAAUUAUAAUCAGUACUCAGUUGUCUCUGCCGUCUGCCUGUCUAGUAAAUCUCUGGGAAAAUUUAUAUUAUGACCACAACAUCAAGCAAAAUGUAAGUUAUAUUGAUCAGAACUAUUUUUGA